ACGUUCCAUUUUCUUUCCCGUUUCUCUUCUCCUCCUUCCCUUCACCCUCGCCCUUCUCAUUAACUCCCUGCAUCAUCAAUCCACCAAAUCCCUCAUCUCUCUCUCUCUCCCUCUCUCUCUCUCUGAAAAUCCCUAAAAGUCGAAUUCGAUCUCGCCGACCCCUCCUUCCCUCCUCUUCGUUCAUCGUCGACGAUGGUGGAUUCAGUCCAUAAAAGCUCUUCAUCGUCCGCGACGACGCCGGCGAAGGAAUCGAGGGCGUCGGCCAGGUCGAGGAAUCAUCAGCAGGAGGCCGCGAAGCUCUCCGAGAACGUGAACCCCAACCUCUCGCAGCACGCCAGCCCUGGCCCCCACAGAGCCGCCGGUUCCCCGGCCAAGUCCGCCGCCAAGUCGCAGAAGUCGGCCUCCAAGAACCCUAAUCCGGGGCAAUUGCUCCCCGGGAACAGGAUCCGGGACCGGAAGUUCGUCGUGGCGAGGAGGAACGCGAGGAGAGGGGAGGCCGGCGGCGGGGGGCCGAGGGGGGCGGCGGCGGCGGCAGGGGGGGCGUGCAAGUGCAAGGAGAAGGCCGGUGGAAAUCCGAAGAAGUGUCUCUGCCUGGCUUACGAGAGCUUGAGGGCUUCGCAGGAGGAGUUUUUCAAGAGCAAGAAUGGCGAGGGUGGCGAGUCGGCUGAACUCGUAGGGGAAGAGAUAGAGAAUCGGUUGAUGAUUCAUGAUCUGGGGAAUGAAGAGGGGUUUCCGGGGAAAACGGAGGAGGAUGGGUCGUCUCCUCUCGAGGAUCCCGAGUUUUGCGAGCUGGGUGAGAUUGAUGCUGCUUUGAUAAAGGGCGGGGUUUCCGCAGUCAAGAGGAGGAGGGACAAGUUGUUGGAAGAGGCGAGGAAGAGUGUGCCUAAGACUGGGUGCGGGAAAGUGAUGCAUCUGGUUAAGGCAUUUGAGAACCUCUUGAAGAUACCGACCCCGAAGGAGACGACGGAUUCGAAGGACGAGAAAGAGGCAGCCGAAGAUCAGAGCAGGAAGAAGGUGAUGAGCUGGGCGUUGCCGGGACUGCCGCCUCCCAAGGCUCCAGAAACAGAGGAGGAGUCUUCUUCCUUCUCUCUGUCGGAAUUGCAAUUGACGGCCGAGAAUCUAGGCCUUGAUUCGCGGGCCUCCCUUUCUUCUUCGUGGGACAGCAGCCAAGGAAGCGUUUCAAGCAGAAAUUCUAAUGGGGGUCGGAGAAGCCGUAGAAACAGCCUCGAAUCGUAUGGGACAUCAUUAGGCGGAAGUAGAUGGAAGAAGAAUCAGCUGAGAGUCACCAGCCAAAAGCCUUUCAAGCUGAGAACUGAGCAAAGGGGAAGGAUGAAAGAGGAGGAGUUCAUGAAGAAGAUGCGAGAGCUUAUGGUUGAGGGAAAACUGCGGAUCCCGAUUGCGCAAGGUCUGCCAUGGACAACUGAUGAACCUGAGUAUCUCAUCAAACCUCCUGUAAAGGAGAUUACAAGGCCACUCGACCUGAAGCUCCAUAGUGACAUGCGGGCAGCAGAGCGAGCUGAGUUUGACCAACAGAUAGCAGAAAAAUUGAGCCUGAUCGAGCAAUACAAGAUGGAGAGGGAGAGGCAGCAAAAGUUGGCAGAAGAAGAAGAAAUCAGAAGGCUGAGAAGAGAACUCGUGCCGAAGGCUCAACCCAUGCCAUAUUUUGACAGGCCUUUCAUCCCAAAGAGGUCGUCAAAAAACCCAACUGUCCCAAGAGAACCCAAGUUUCACAUUCCUGAGCAGAAGAAGAUCAAAUGCUGUUUAUCGUGGAACGACAUGAGCCCCUACACGUACAAUGAAUGCGCCCAUGAGGAAAUGCAAAAGUGAACUGUAGAUUUCUUUGCUCCGUUAGUUACCAAUAAUGUGGUUCAAUAUAUUCUUUCUCGAAAAUAUGUAAAUCAAGCAACAAUAAGGUUGCAAGUUUUGAUUGGACGCUCCAUCUUUCCUCAUCUCUCUGCUUUCACUGGUGAAAUAUGGCAACACAGAACUUGCA